AUGCUGGCAGCCAGAGCGUCGGCCGCGCGCAGUGCGUCGCGUAUCGCCCGCAGCGCACGCAAGUUUGCUACCGUCGUUGACAGCGCUGGCGUGAAGGUCGCCGCCGCCGACAACGGCGAGCCCACUACUGCUGUCACUUUCCUCGUCAAGGCUGGCAGCAGGUACGAGCCCAAGCCCGGCGUCGCACAUGCCCUCAAAAACUACGCGUUCAAGAGCACGGAGAAGCGUUCGACGUUGGGCACCGUCCGCGAGGCCGAGCUGUACGGCGGUGUCCUCUCGUCAAGUCUCUCUAGGGAGCACUUGGCGGUCACGGCGGAGUUCCUGCGCGGCGACGAGGCAUUCUUCGUCGACGUGCUUUCCUCCUUCCUGACCUCGGCCAAGUUCACCCGGUACGAGCUCCAAGAGUGGGUCGCGCCCACCGUAGAGGCCGAGAGCACCGCCGCCCUCUCUGACCCCGCGACGCGCGCCGUCGAGCUCGCACACGCCCUCGCCUUCCGCUCCGGCCUCGGCAACUCCAUCUUCGCCACCCCCGGCCACCACGUCACCGCCGAGGACGUCCAGGCGUACGCCCACGCCGUCUUCGGCCAGGGCAACGUCGCCGUCCUCGGCACCGGGAUCGACCCCAGCGCGCUCGAGAAGCUCCUUGCGCAGUCCCUCGGCAAGUCCUUCGCCGCUGCGUCCGCCCCCGCCUCGAAGCCGUCGAGCUACUUUGGGGGCGAGUCCCGCCUCGACGCGCACGAGGGCGCGCAGACGGUCUUCGUCGGGUUCGGCGCCGCGGGCGCACCCUCCGCCGAGCUCGCCGUCCUCGCCGCGCACCUCGACCCCACCCCGUCCGUGAAGUGGUCGCAGGGCACGUCGCCCAUCGCACCGAAGAUCCCCGCGGGCGCCUCCGUGCGCUCCGUGCUCCUGCCCUACUCGGACGCGUCGCUGUUUGGUCUCCUAGUCCAGGGCCAGACCGCGGCGGACGUCAAGACCGCCGGUCAGGCGGCCGUCGAGGCCCUCAAGGCUGCGAGCUCGCUAAGCGGCGAGGAUCUCCAGAAGGCCGUGGCGAAGGCGAAAUUUGCGGCUGCAUCUGCGUAUGAGUCCCGGGAGGGCCUCGUCGCUGCCCUCGCUCCUAAGAUCCUGUCUGGCUCUUCUUCUUCCGCGGCCGAGGCCGUCGCGUCGCUCGAGAAGGUCGACGCUUCUGCGUAUUCCAAGGCUGCUGCGUCCCUGCUCAAGAGCAAGCCAACGUUUGUCGCGGUCGGCGACGUCGCGUCUCUCCCUUACGCGGACGAGCUGGGCCUCUGA